AUGCAUUAUACCAACACUGUCGCUGCUAGCUUGGCGCUGCUCGCCGGCUCGGCCAUGGCCCAUCCCGGCCAUGAUCUUCAGACGGAGAUCAAGGAGCGCCGCGAUUUCAUGAGCAAAGUCGCCCGCUCCGACCUGACCCAUUGUGCUGCCAAGCUGAAGGCCCGCGGUAUCGAGCAGCGCAACGUUGCUCGCCGAUCCCGCAUGGUUGAGGAGGCCAGAGCGAAGAGAGGCCUGAAAAAGCGCACUCUCGAGACUGUCCUGGCAACUGACCACAACGCGACUGACCUGGGCUACACCGCCGCCACUGACGCCGCCACCCUCUUCAGCGGCAACAGCUCCUGCAUUCUGACCCCCGAUGUUACUCAGGGACCCUACUACGUCGGCGGCGAGUACAUCCGCCGCAACAUCAUCGAAGAACAGGAGGGUAUCGAUACCGUCCUCGACUACCAAGUCAUCGACGUCGACACUUGCGACCCGGUUCCCAACGUCUACCUCGAGAUGUGGCACUGCAACUCCACCGGUGUCUACUCGGGCGUCGUCGCCUCCGGCAACGGUGAUUCCAGCGACACAUCCAAUAUCGACAACACCUUCCUGCGCGGUAUCCAAGCCACUGACGCCGACGGUGUCGCCCAGUUCGAGACGCUAUUCCCGGGACACUACACUAGCCGUGCCACCCACAUCCAUAUCCUGAUUCACACCAACGCAACCGUCUACCCUAACGGCACUUUGGGCAACGAGGUUUCCGCCAGCCACGUGGGACAAGCCUUCUUCGAUCAGGACCUCAUCACCGAGGCUGACACCAUUGCCCCCUAUAGCAGCAAUACGCAGGAGGUCACUCUCAACUCCGCCGACAGCAUCCUGUCCGAGGAGACCGCUACCGAUGGCGUGGACCCCUUUUUCGAGUACACUCUGCUUGGUGACGAGCUUGCUGAUGGUUUGUUCGGCUGGAUCGCGUUCGGUAUCAACACCACUGAGAGCUCUACUGUCAGCCCUGCUGUUUUCUUGUAUGCCAGCGGUGGUGUUGCGAACGAGAACUCAAACAUUGGCGGUGGCUCUGGCGGUGGCGCUCCUCCCGGUGAGAGUGGAAACACGACUUUUGGUGAUGCUCCUUCUACCACUUCUUCUUCCGUGGGCUUUGUUACCAGCACGGCAGCUGCUAAGAAGGCUAAGAAAUGCUAA